AUGGCCAGAUUGACAGAAAUCAGGAAAAAUAAUGAACAAAGAUUGAGAGAUAAUUUGAAGGAAAGAAAUAAAAAGUUGAAUAGUGUGAAAUCUGAGUUAGACAAUAAGAAGAAAGAUAUUGAAGAGACGUUAAAGUUUAUGGAGAAUAACAAGAGUACCAUGUCAGAUUAUGGCUUCAUUGACAACCACAAGGAACUUUCAAAACUGCUGUCUGGGGUGAAUCUAGAUUUUGAUAUGAAAAGCUGUGAACAUUCAAUGAGAUACAGUAAAGGAGAUAUCAGUGAUGAAGUACUUGAGAAUAUGAUUGGAAAAACUCUAGAUUUAGACGAAACCAGUCUGACUGAAACAAGUUCAUUCAAAUAUGCGUCAGAUAACAUUGAACAAAUAAACAAAGAAGGUGAAAUAAAACAUAGAUAUAAUAUUGCUGCUUAUGACAUGUGUGUGAUUGAUACUGGUGAUGUUUAUUUUACUAACUACAGUAACAAAUCCAUCAGCUGUAUGUCACCAUCAGGAUCUGUCUCUACAGUCAUCAGUAUGGAUCCACUGGCACUAGUGGGAAUCUGUCAGUCUGUGGACGGUGGACUACUGGUUACCUUGAGAGACGAGGAAUCAGAACGCUACAAAUCAGAGUCACACAGUAGACGUCUGGUGAGACACAUCACGAUGACAGGUGAUGUCAUCCAUGAGUAUGAGUACCAGGAGGACGGUCAGACCAGACUGUUUACAAAUCCAUUCAGAGUCACACAGAACAGUAACAGUGAUAUCUGUGUUGUGAAUAGUACAAGUACAAGUACAGGUGAACUAGUGAUUAUGUCUCCCUCUGGUCGUAUGAAGUCUGUGUACCGUGGACAGAACCUGACAAAGAACUUUACUCCAAAUGAUGUAGUGAGUGAUUCCCUCUGUAACAUCCUUGUUACUGAUCUAUUGAACAAACAGAUCCAUCUACUGAGUCCUGAUGGGGAGUUCCUGAACUUCUUACUGACAGACAAUGAAGUGUACCAUCCAUCUGCGGAGUUCCUGAAGUUCUUACUGACAGAGAAUGAAGUGAACGGUCCGAUCAGAUUAUCCCUAUACAAGUCUACACUGUGGGUCGGAUAUUAUGAAGGAGUUGCUAAAGUGUUUCAGUACAGAAUGCAAUAUACUUGA